ACUUAUAUAACUUAGUUGACGUGUGAAAGUAGGGUUAUAUUUAAAAAAAUUGUUGCUGAAUAAAUAAAAUUCUCCCUGUUAGAACGAAAUAUGGAAUUGAAAAAUCGAUUUAUACAUUUGAAGAUUAGGCGAUAUGAUAUUUCUGAGAAACCUGAGGUCAUCAAGAAAAGUUUGAAAAUUGCUUCCGAGGCAACCCUGGCAGAUUUGAAAAAGGAGUUACAAGAUCUUUGUGGAAUAACUGGCGAUAAAGUAAUAAAAGUCCGUUAUCCUGAUAACACGUUGAUUCCAAUGUUAUUUUUGCUACAAUCUCCAGAAGACACUUUUUACAUUGAUAUUACUAAUAUCUCGUAUGCUGGUAGGCAAACUGCUAGUCUCCUACAAGAUGCAUAUGUAGAUGCAGUAAAACAAAAAAUCAGAACCUUAGAGUCUAGAAUUGGUCAAUCCGAAACUCUCCUACCACAACUAGAAUGGAGAAGGCAAGCUUACAUGGAGGAUACAGUAAACGGAUUGCUGAAUAAAGUUGCUUUUCUAAAUCGCAGGUUUGAUGAGCUUUUACCCCAAUACAUGGAUAGAGUACAUGAGCAAGCUAAAGCUUAGCUAGAUGAGAAAUAAUACGAGGUCUCCUGUAUUGGGGAUUUCCAGAAGCAACUAUGUUUGAAAUAAAACUAAUGUUCAAUAAAACAGCAGCAAUAGCAUAAAAAAGUACUGUUCUUCACUUGUUUUGCUCAUAAAUACUGUUGAAGUUGGCACCAUUAGGGUUGCCUAGAUCUUCUAUUGUGUCCACCUUGAUGGCCUUUACAUGAUGUGAACAAACCUAGCUUGGGAUGGAAACAACUGAACUAUCUAGUGAAAUAUCAGUAGAAUCUUGAAGACACUAAACUAACAUCAAAUCAAUAUCUGUUUAUAAAGUUGUAAAUUUCGGUUCUUCAAAUCCGAUAAGCUAACAUACACUCCAUGGGGCUCUUUAUUUAGAUAUUGAUUUACAUCAUGCCACAAAAAAAUGUAACUUCUGAAUAUAUGGUGCAUGGUUGGACUGGCCCAAUCAUAGUUUUUCUGGAUUCAAUAUCUCGGUUAUUUUAAGGCUUUGCUGUAUGUGCUGCAAGCAAAACUAGCUUAUUGUUACUUAACCUGUAUGCUCUAUAAAGGAAAGUCCCAACAUCUAUUAUUGUGAUUUUCAUGAACUAUCUAUAUUUAUAUAGUUAAAUCAAUAUUUAAUUUAACCUAUUUAAUGUUAUUAAUUAUAAUAAAUGUGAUAUAAAUUAACAAAUUUACCAGAUUACUCUUCUCUCCUAUUGCCCUUACGUUAUCAUUGUUGAAACUAUCU